AUGCUAUUCUCUAUCACUAUUUUCGUUUUUUUUAAAAAUUUUAGAGUGAUAAUCCGCAAGCCCUAUGUUGGCUCAUCAUUUCUGAGUUGGAGUCAGUACAAACAGAUGGUGGGCAGAGCUGGUAGAGCAGGUCUGGAUAGUUUUGGUGAAGGCAUUACCAUUCUUCAACCCAAUGAGCGUGAUGCUUUCGCUCAACUUAUCAAUUCAACUACAAGUAACAAAAGUUCUGUUGACAACGGUCUUCGACAGCUAAUGCUCUCUCUUCUUGGACUUGGAGUAAUUAAUAAAGUUGUUUUUAUUCAAUAUAUGGUAUUAACUGAAAGUACAAUCAGAUUAGGGAAGAAUUCAGUAUUCAUUGUGUCCUUAUCUUGGAAUGGGAAGUCUGCUCAUCGGGAUCAACAGAUUCAUGACAUUAAGUCCACACCUGCGGAGAAAAUUGAGCUUAAGGUAGGACUGAUUUUGUCUGCUAAUGCUUACUACCUCUAUUUGAAGUCUAUGCACAACUAUGAGACGCCACUCUAUCGCCUCUACUUGGCUCUAGCUCUUUCUGAACUCUGGCCACCGCGUUGUGAACCUAUCUGGCGAGUGGCCAGUCGCUACGGGCUCUCACGUGGCGCUCUCCAGUCGAUGGUCCAGUCGGCAUCCAGCCUGGCUGUGGGACUGGCACACGCACUGGCAGCGGAAUACGCUAGUGAUCCGGAGUUGUGGGCUUUUGCCCACCUAUUACCAGAUUUUUCAUCCCGUUUGGCUUAUUGCGUCACCUCGGAGCUCAUUCCUCUUAUGCAAUUGCCCGGUGUGAAAAGAGCUCGCGCACGGCAAUUAUACGACGCAGGUUUCAAGACGAUCGGAGAGAUUGCUUCAGCGGAACCUUCAACGCUUGUCUCCGCAAUGGCUCCCUUUCUAUCACGUCGAGCAGCCCGUGAAAUCGUUCAAGCUGCACGAAUGAUCCUUACUGAAAGAGUUGAUGCUCUUCAGAAGGAAGCGGCAGAUAUUGCUGAUCUGUUUUCUUCCAAAGCAGAAGGAUCAUCUGAGGAGGGUGGACAUGAUGACAUGAAGGGGAAUCGAUCAGAUCUUGGGAAAGAUAAUGAAGAAGAAGGGGAAGAGGAUGUUGAUCUUUUUGCUUAG